AUGAGGAUUUUGGGGAUUUUCCCACAGAACCCGGAGCAGUCGGACGAGGACGAGGAGAAAAGCCGGAGAGACUCGGAAGGUUCUGCCUCAUCCUCCGGAGCCGAGGACGAUCCCGGGAAUUUCCUGAAGCGCCGGGACCGGGACGAGCCCCGGGGCCGCUACAAAGAGGAGGAGUCGGAGUCGGAGUCGGAGUCGGACGAGGAUUGGGGGGACUCGGCCUCGGAGUCGGACUCGGAGUCGGACGAGGACGAGGGGAAAUUCACCUCGCUGGCCUCCAAAUUCCUGAAAAAGGACGAGGAGCGGCGCGGGGCCGAGCGGCGCCGCGAGGAAAAGGCCAAGAAGAAGCUGGAGAGGAAGAGCCGGCGCGAGGAGGAGGAGGAGGAGGAGGAAGGAGGGGAGUGGGAGAAGGUCAAGGGCGGCGUCCCCCUCAUCAAGGAGAAGCCCAAGAUGUUCGCCAAGGGCACCGAGAUCACCGUGGGGCUGGUGGUGAAGAAACUCAACGAGAUCCUGCAGGCGCGCGGCAAGAAGGGCACGGACAGGGCGGCGCAGAUCGAGCUGCUGCAGCACCUGGUGGCCGUGGCCCACGAGCACAACCUGGGGGUGCCCCUGGAGCUGAAAAUCAAAUUCAACAUCGUGGCCUCGCUCUACGACUACAACCCCAACCUGGCCGCCUACAUGAAGGUGGAAACUGGGGCGAAAAACGGGGAAAACGGGCAAAACCAAAAACGGGGGGGAACUGGGACGAGGUUGGGAGGAAAGCGGGUGAAAGAAGGGUUAAAAACGGGGGAGAAAUGGGGUUAA